AAGCACUACCCGGAAGGCGGAGCGGAGCUUCCGGGAUAAGGAGCGAGGUGACCCCCGGGGCCGCUGCGGGCGUGUGCGGAGAAGCAGCCAUGGGGGCGCACCUGGGCCGGCGCUACCUGGGCGACGCGUCGACGGAGCCCGACCCCCUGCACAUGCCCACCUUCCCUCCGGACCUGGGCUUCGCGGACCGCAAGGAGCGCGUGAUGGUGGCCACCCAGCAGGAGAUGAGUGACGCGCAGCUGCCGCUGGAGCAGCGGGACUACUGCGCGCACUACCUGCUGCGGCUGCUCAAGUGCAAGCGCGACCACUUCCCCAACUUCCUGGCCUGCAGCCACGAGCGCCACGACUGGGACUACUGCGAGCACCUGGACUACGUGAAGCGCAUGAAGGAGUUCGAGCGAGAGCGGCGGCUGCUGCAGAGGAAGAAGCGGCGGGAGCAGCGGGAGGCGCGGCUCGCGGAAGGCAGCGGGGACGUGAGCCCCGAGGCGGCCCUGUAGGCGUCGCGCCCCGGUCUGCAGUGAAAUAAAAGCUGGGGCGUGGUCUCUGACCCCCUAAAGAACACACCGAA